AAGAUCUUUCCCUAACUUUUGUCUGCCUCCUUUCUGCUUUCCUUUCUCUGUGGAAAAAGUCUGAAGAAAAGAAAUCCAGCAGAGAGAAGACGCCACCGGAUUACAUCAUCCUUCUCCCGGGCCGCACACGCCGCAUUUAUUCAUGGAUUAAUGUGGUCGCAAAAUUACGGAUUUAUCAUUUGUUAAAGCUGGUGGCUGAGGGGAGCUGCUUGUUGGAGUGAAACCAUGUGGCUUCAGUGGUCCUGUCUGACAUUGUUGGCGCUCAGCUGGGGCUCCUGUGACCUGCUGACAUCGGAGCAAGGUGAUCAAUGCCCAGCCUUGCAAGUGGAUGAGUGGAGGUUUCCUCAGGGGGCCAGGGACAACAUCACAGGCUUUAAUCUGGUGAGGCGAUUCUCCCUGCUCAAGAGUAAAGAUGUCAAGAAGAUCCGCAACCCUCGAGGACCGGUCAUCCUCCGCCUGGGCAAAGCCGCACUCCUGCGCCCCACUGAGCAGGUGUUUCCUCAUGGCCUUCCUGAGGAGUUCAUCCUGGUCUUCACUGUGGUGUUAAAGAAGGCUGCACUGAGAGACACCAUCUACCUCUUCCAGAUAUCUGAUCAGCAGGGAUACCCCCAGCUCUCCGUAGACUUCAACGGCCCCGAUGGCACCCUGUCGCUCCGUGCGAGGGCCGCGGAGCCCGCCGAGGACCCGGUGAACUGCAUUUUCACUGGUGAGGGGGUGGAGGCCCUGAUGGACUUGCGCUGGCACAAGGUGGCCCUCAGCGUGCAACGCGAAGCCGCCUCCCUCCACGUGGAUUGCAACUCCAUCGAGACCAAACCGCUGAGGCCCCGUGGAAUUUUGCCCAUCGACGGACACACUUUGCUGGGCAUCCGGGCUUCAGACGCUGGGCCCGCGCAGAUGGACAUUCAGCAGGUGAUGCUGUAUUGUGACCCCUCCCUCGCCGUUCAGGAAGCUUGCUGUGAGAUACCUGGAGCACGGUGCCCACCAGAUGCUACCAAGAGCCGCCGUGCUGCAGAGAAUGACCUGUUGGAAAACGUCUUUAACCAGGAGAUUUUCACAUCAGAGGAUCUGUCUGAGAAAGGAGUUGCUGGGACUAAAGGUGAAAAAGGCGACAGGGGUGACGCCUGUUCUGGCUCCCAUUCAGGUCCAUGCACAGAGGGACCCAAGGGCCAGAAGGGGGAGAGGGGCGAGCUGGCACCACCUGCCAACUGGGGCGAAGCAGCAGGCUACAAGGGAGAAAAGGGUCGGAAGGGAGAGAUCGGUGCUCAGGGUCCCACAGGCACUCCAGGGAGGGAUGGUCGUGGAGGGUCAAUCUGUGUCGUCGGCCCCAAGGGACAGAAGGGUACCCCAGGUUUGGUGGGUCCAGAGGGGUUGGCCGGAGAGCCGGGGAAGAAUGGAUUCCCAGGCACGCCGGGCGUUGGAAAGCCGGGCCCACCAGGCCCUCCUGGUGAAGCAGUUGGUGUAAAAGGAGACAAGGGAGACGCAGGGCCUCAGGGAGGAGACGGAUCGCCGGGAGAUCCAGGCCCAAGAGGACCAACGGGGUUUAAAGGAAAUAAGGGUGACCCAUGCGAGGUGUGCCCCGUGCUGCCUUCAGGCACGGGUAACACGGUGGCACUGCAAGGGAAGCCGGGCCCUAAAGGAGAGGCUGGAUCACCAGGGAUAGGGGAGAGAGGACCGCCUGGGCCCCUGGGCACAGAUGGCAAGGCAGGACAGAAGGGCGAACCAGGAACAGGAGGUUUCAAAGGAGAAAAGGGAGAACCAUGUUCUGUGUGCCCAACUAUCGGAGCCGGUGUUCAGACCCAGCAGCGGGAGGGAGAGAGGGGAGAGCCUGGGAUUGGACAAAAGGGACAACAAGGAGAGCCUGGAAAUGUAGGAUCACCUGGGCUUAGAGGAGAAAAGGGUAACGCGGGGAGCAAAGGAGCAGAUGGAAAGCCGGGAAAGUCUGGACCAAAGGGGCCCAGUGGCAAGGAUGGACAAAGAGGCUUGCAGGGAGAGCAGGGGCUCCCAGGGCUUGGUCUUCCCGGCCUUAAGGGUGAGAAGGGUGAUUGCGGUCAAUGCCAGCCGGCAGAGGCGGGUAGCGGACCCGCCGGCAUGAAACUACUCGAUGGAGCAAGAGGCAAGCCGGGCGAACCAGGCCCUCAAGGUCCGACCGGACCUCCAGGACUAGGAGCAGAUGGCAAACGGGGCCCACCAGGUCUCGCUGGUGCGAAAGGAGAAAAGGGCGAAGAAGGCGAUCAAGGAAAUAACGGACUCAACGGGGCUCCUGGAGUCCCAGGACUGCCUGGAGAGCCUGGUCGGGACGGACUCAUGGGCUUGAAGGGAGCAAAGGGCGACAGUUGUACCAGCUGUGCUUCUCUGGGAACUGCAGUGGGGGAAGGUGUCGCUGUGCAAGGCCCCAAAGGAGAGCGAGGAGACACUGGUCCCACAGGAGAAGGGAAGCCUGGAAAAAAUGGAAAACCAGGCUUACCAGGUGUGCCGGGUCCUUCUGGUCCCAAAGGAAUCAAGGGAGAAGCUGGAGUUGCAGCAAUAGGCCUUCCAGGACAACAAGGUGAAGAGGGACCAAGAGGACUCCCAGGACUCGGAGGGCCUCCUGGAGCCAGAGGAUUGACAGGAGCUGAUGGCCCUGCAGGAGAAAAGGGCUCCGUGGGAGAAGCUGGGCCUCCGGGACCACGCGGUCCUGAGGGCAUUGGAGUACCAGGCCCGCCGGGCAGAGAUGCAAACCCUGGGUCUACAGGAUUGCCCGGGGCUGACGGCAAACCUGGACUUGAUGGCGCUAAGGGGGACAAGGGUGAACCAGGAGAGUGCAACUGCAUCACACCUGUACAUUCAGGCAUAGGCGGACCUGGAGCUCCAGGAACUCCAAUAAACACAUGGCAACCCGGCCCUCAGGGCCCACCAGGACCUCCUGGCCCUCCUGGUCUGCCGGGGCCUCAAGGUGUUACUGGAAUGGAUGGACAACCGGGUAUCCCUGGAAACGACGGGAUACAGGGGAAACCCGGUUUACCAGGAUACAUCACACACAUUGAAACCGACCAGCUACCUCAAGACUCUGCUGGAGAAGAUGGUGAUGAAGCCUGUAAAGGAGGAGACUGCUCCCAAGGAUCUCCAGGGGUGCAAGGCACAGGUGGAGCAAAGGGAGAGAAAGGAGACCAGGGCAAGCCCGGUGUAACCCCCUUGGACGGCUGUGACAAGUGUUUGGACAGACUGCAGAAAGAGCAGGCAACACAAGCUGUGAAUGACCGACCAGGAAUGCCAGGAAUUCCAGGGACGCCUGGAUCACCAGGAACAAGAGGAGAGCCGGGAAUACAAGGAGAAAGAGGUAAAGCUGGAAUACCAGGAAUCAUGGGACCCCGCGGGUUCCAGGACCUCUGGGCCAAUUUGUUCCAUCUCUCUCAUGUGUCUUCCGCUUGGAGCAGCUUACAAAUGAAAUGUCGUGGGUUCCAAUGGGAGGCGGCACUGGCCGGUUACACGUUUUGUCUCCUUGAUACAGACUUCACCAGGGGAGCAUACAUAUCACAUCUUCCUUUUCUCAUUAUUCCUAACUUUGAUCAUUCUCAGGGUCAGAAUGGUGAGGCAGGGUCACCCGGCACCCCAGGAAUUAAGGGCGAGCAGGGCCUUCCGGGGACUUCGGGCUACCCAGGAUCCAUGGGACCGCCCGGGCUCCCCGGACUGAAAGGCGAGCGCGGGAGCCCCGGAGGCGGUGGUCAGAAAGGAGAAUCGGGCGCCGCUGGUAACCCUGGAUACCAAGGACUGGCCGGCUCCCCGGGCAUUAAAGGAGACACGGGACCAGCUGGGCCUGUUGGUUCCAAAGGCGAUCAGGGUUUCCAAGGACAACCAGGUUUCCCAGGACCACCAGGUCCUCCAGGUAUUGCGGGGAAACCGGGAAGGGAAGGUUCCACUGGGCUCAAAGGUGAAAAAGGCAAUGACGGCACUCAAGGAUCUCAGGGCCCAACGGGGCCCUCAGGCUCUCCAGGCUCCCCUGGACUGAUGGGUCCCCCUGGCAUUGAGGGAUUGGAUGGAAAAGAUGGGAAACCAGGGCUGCGGGGAGAAGCUGGCCCUGCAGGCCCAGCAGGACCACGAGGAAUUCCAGGAUUCAAAGGGAAAACUGGCCAUUCCGGCUUCCCCGGACAGAAGGGUGAUGCUGGACCGUCAGGUCCACCUGGACCACCAGGCAGGGCGGGUCACGAGGGUGAUCCCGGUACCCCAGGAGCUCCUGGGCGACCUGGACCGUCUGGCCACGUUGGUUCUGCAGGUCCAGCUGGACCACCAGGACCUCCUGGUCCAUCAGGAGUGGGUAUAACAGGAGACAAGGGCCAAGUGGGUGAGAGGGGUCUUCCGGGGAUGGGAGGAGCCCCAGGACCGCCCGGGCACCCUGGGUCCAUGGGAGAGCCAGGCAAUGAUGGGGAAGCUGGUAAAGACGGAUCCGUCGGCCAACCAGGGGAAAACGGGCAACCAGGUCAAAAGGGUGAACCCGGGGAAGCAGGCCAGCGAGGUCCCGCUGGUGAAAGAGGUAGACCUGGGCCCCCUGGGGGUGGAGGUUACCACUCCAAGGACGCACAGCCCAUGAUUGGCCCGGUCGGACCCAGAGGGGAGAGAGGGAACCCGGGUUCAGAGGGUUCUCCGGGAACCCCAGGACCUGCAGGGGCACCGGGAAAUGACGCGGUUGUAAAUUAUGAUGAAAUCAAGAACUUCAUCCGCCAGCAGGUCAUCAAGAUCUUUGAUGAGAGAAUGUCCUACUACAUGUCGCGCAUGCAGACGCCAGUAGAGGUCGCAUCCCCAGGUCGGCCCGGACCCCCAGGGAAAGACGGCACUCCAGGUAAUCCUGGGAACCCAGGCGCACCUGGAAUCCCAGGACACGUUGGCAGAACAGGACGCCCAGGAGGCCAAGGACCACCAGGACCACAUGGACCACGUGGAGAAAAAGGAGAUAAGGGUGUUGGGGAGAUGGGAGAUGUAGGACCUCCCGGAGCACCAGGUGUCCCGGGCCCCCAGGGCUAUGGUAAGACAGGACCCCCGGGUCCCGUUGGCCAGCAGGGUGUUCCUGGGAUCUCGGGCUCUCCUGGCAAGCCUGGUACAAAGGGACAUGACGGCCGGUGUAAUCCGGCAGAUUGUAGGAGCCAACAAGUAGAAUACAGCCCCAAGGGCCCACCUAUCAAGGGCCCGUGGUAGAGGGCGAGAGGUAAUAAAGUAGAUGGACUGAAGCUAAGAGGACUUUGGAUGACAGGAAGCCAAGUAGUUAUUAAAUCUGACCUCCAGGAGUAACUUUGCUGUUGAAUUGUACAGAUGUACCCACACAGAUUUUGAACAAAGUUAUAAGCAAAAAACCAAUGAGGCCUGAAAAGACACACGAGCAGCACAUUUUCAUUGCAAUAUAACUUCUAUAUUCUCACUUUUCUACUUUUUAACAUUUUCAAACAAGGGAACAAAAUUACAGUUUGUAAUUUGUUUGUUUUUUAACUUAGGCUUAUUUUCUGUCUAAAUUUCUAGAAUUUCCGUUAUUGUAGCACUUUGCUUGAAUCUUUCUCACAAAAUCAUUAUUAGGGGGCAUCCCGUGCAUUUUUUAACUUCAUCUUAGCGGUUGUGGUGUGUAAAAAAUCAUCCUAAGAAACGUACGUCCAUGCCAUUUCUAAAGAAUUGACUGUUUUGUACAUAUUUAUAUUUAUAUAUUGUGGCCUUUUCUACUUUUUCAACAGAUUUGAUACAUUACCUAUUCAGUUUUGGUGGUUAUCAACCAAAGGAAUAUUUCUUUACGGUUUUAAGCUUUUAGAAUCAAAUUAAGUGUUCAGUUAAAGAUUGUUGAAGUUAAAGGUGCUGCCAGAGUUAAAUUUGUUUAAUUAUUACUCUUAUAUUUUCACCCUACACCUACCUAAAGCCUCAUUUAAUUCUGCAUUCCAAAUUGGCUGUAAUAUAAAUCUUUCUGCUUCAACAGGAACUUUAUAAAGAGCAUUAAUUAAUUGUAAUGCAACUCACUAAGCAGCCAGUCAAGCACUCAGAGACAAUAUUCUUUUAAAGCAUCACAAAUUGAUUUCUUAAGUCAGUCUUACUUUUUUACCAUGUAUCUCAAACGUUAGCCAUUAGACCGACAUCUCACAAACUAAUCCACGGUAACUGUUAAAACCGGAUUAAAUGAGCUUUGAAAGAU